GUUGAACGCAGAUGCAUACGGGCUUAACGAAAAGCAAAAGUAUGUCCAGGCACGUGCAAAAAUGACGAACACUGCCCAGCUGUUUUUGGAGUCAACACAUGUGUUUGAAUAUGCUGAACUCAAGAAGCUUUUAGAGGAAGAAUUUAAGUGCGACUAUAAGUGUAGUGCAGAUAUUCAUACCGAGCUGCGUGAGCGUCGCAAAUCCAAACAGGAGUCAUUUCACGAAUACAUGCUUCAAAUGAACAAGAUUGCUGCAAUUGGAGACAUUGACACGCAAUCAGUAAUACGAUAUGUUGUUGAUGGGCUGCAAAUGAAGAGCGACUUUAAGUAUACUCUGUACAGUUGCAAAUCGUUUAGAGAGCUGCAGGAGCAGUAUGAAGUCCGAACCGAAAAGUAUAUCCAGACAGUGCCGAAAAGAAGAAUCAUUGCUUCAACUGUGGAUCCACCGAUCAUUUACGAAAGAAUUGCCAAGCCGCUACAAAGUGUUUCCGCUGUAACCAGAGUGGACAUAUGUCCAGAAAUUGUCCAGCAGUAGCAGCGCCAGCCGUGCAUGUCGUGCGUGAUGAAAAGCGUUUUAAAGUGGU